CUGGCUCCGCCCCGGCAAGGAUACUGUGCUCCCUCGGCGCGCCGGCCUCACCCCUUAGUCCAGCUCCUGUCCACUCCUGUCCACUCCUGUCCACUCUGUGCGCCCCCCGGACUCCCCAUGGCCACCUCCUCUGUGCGGCCUGCCGCGCUGGCCCUGAGCGGGCUGGCGCUGCUCCUGCUCCUGUGCCUUGGUCCCGGUGGCACAAGGGGAAACAAACUCCAGCGGAUGCUGCAGGAAGCGGAAGCCCCUGCUCCAGCCCAGGCGAACGUGGCCGUGGGCGAGAACAAGGCCAAGGAGUUCCUGGGCGGCCCCAGGCGCCAGCGGCGGCAGCUGUGGGACCGGACGCGGCCGGAGGUGCAGCAGUGGUACCAGCAGUUCCUCUACAUGGGCUUCGACGAGGCGAAAUUCGAAGAUGACAUCACGUACUGGCUGAGCAGAGACCGCAACGGACACGACUACUACGGUGACUACUACCAGCGUCACUACGACGAGGAUGCGGCCAUCGGUCCCCGGAGCCCCGAAAGCUUCCGGCACGGGGCCAGCGUCAACUACGACGACUACUAAGGGCGCCCAGGGGCGCAGCCCUCGACGGGCCUCCCUCGCACGCCCUCCACCCCUCUGUGGGACCAAGCUAAAGCAAAGAACGUCAGCACCAGCGCCUGAACUUGCAGCUCAUCUCAAGUGUAGAAAUAAAGCAUUUUCUUAAAGGCAA